CUGCUUGAAGCUCCGCUUCCUUUUGCUUUACCACUGCAACACUGUUCACCAGGUAUGGUGCGCGUAGGUCGCUCUUCACGGCCUUCGGGCUCGGGUUUUUGGUACACUAUGUGCCAUUGGUUGUACCUCCCACGCCCAAAUGAGUGCGAUGCGAUCGCAAGGCUGGGCUUGAAAAGUCGGGGCUGGGGCAAUGUUCUGUUCGAUACAGUACUUCCAUUUCUAUGCUUUGGAGUCAUAUUAGCAGCCAUUCUCCUUGGAUUCCUUCGCCAAAACUGGGGUCUGAAGAACGUCAUGGUCGGAAAGAUUGAGAUCGAUGAGGAGCUACAGCUUGUCAUCAUAGGCGUGGUGAAUAAGUCUCUCGAUGUGCUGAUCCAAGCAGCACUCGAGCACAUGGCUCUUCUAUACAACACGUUGUGGAUGAUACAACCUGGCGUUGGUUCUACCAUUCAAGACACGCUCCUAAAAAACGAGAUGAGCAAACCAUGGAAAGCGCUCUAUGCAUUCUACAGGCGAGGUCGCAUUCUAGGCUUCUGGAAGUGGCGAUCCAUCUUCCGCCUUUUGCUCACGCUCGCCGUUUCGAUUUCAGUUAUGCUUCUUGGUGCAGGCCUAAAUACGAUCGCGUGGCCCAAAAGACGCUGGUAUCCCGACCUCACAAUUAUUAAAUUGACAGAAAAGGCGUCGCCAGAUUUCAGCAUACACGCUCCCUUGAUGACGCUGGAUCGUGUGGACUGGGGAAACGAUAUGCACACUGGAGUUGCUCUCGUCGGUGGCACGCCGCAAACCGACGAAGACGGUGUCCCUCUUCUUACGAGCGGAGCCGCGGAUGAGAUUGCAGGCGCCAUUGCUGCAUCGGGGGCACUCAUGUCCCUCACAGGGUUAUCGAGUGUUUACUAUCGAGAGUCGCCUGAUUGGGGGUCCGUUUGGGAUGCACCAGCCUAUAUGACUGGCAUUCAGACACAAAUAAAUGGCUCGACGGUCCGCAGUAUCUCACUGCAAUCGAAGCACAUCAAAACGCUUUUUGAGAGCCAGAAAACCAGUGGAAAUCCUCUUGCUCGUACUGCGAGAGGGUUCCAUGGGGUUGUUCGAAUGACGGCUCCUGUCCUCGCUACUACUUGUGCUGAACUCAAAGACAAAGACGUGGAUGACAAUAGCCUUGACGUCCAGGCCCCCGAGCCCAACAGAACUACGUUUUCCAUAUUAGUCGGUACUAGCAAUGUCCUGGGAUUCGCCGGAGCACAAUGCACACUCACGCUUUCUCAAGCACUGGUUCCCGUCGAGACCUGGAUCGUAGAUCUACAAGCCGAUAACCCAUACAUGGCCAUCAACAACAUCGCAGCUCCCACAAUCCCCCGAACCCUACCAAUAUCCACAAAUCCAGCCGAUUCUCUAAUCGCCGCAAGACUUGCCGCACACUUCAAAUCCAUCACGCCAAUGCUCAAUGGCCAAGUCCCCGCCUUUGGCAUCACACCACACCUCGCUUUAAUCGCCCGAAAUCUAAAAACACAGUAUCCAGACUUCAUAUCCGACACAGCUAGUCUAACCCCAGUCAUAGCCACGCUCGCGCAGCAGCAACUCUCCACAUCCACCUGGACGUUCACUACGCACGACUCCACAACGAUCGCUUCAGCGCCCGUGCAGUGGCAGGUUUACGGCUCUGGACCGCGGCUGAAUUGGCAGUGGAUCGCUAUCGCCGUGCUCUGCAUCAUGCUUCUCGUGAUAAUUCAACACCUAUUCCUAAUCCUCGCGUACAGGAUCCAACCAGGCUCCUGGCUCGAGCCAGGCGGGAUGCUACGCACUGCCAACAAAUCCCCACGCGUACUAGACAGCGUCGCAAAAGUCCACGACGCGGGCUCGCUGAGCCAGCGCGAAGCAGUCGCAAAGUGCGCCGAUGACGGUGUGUUGUACCAAGUCCAGGAUAUACCGGAUCAGUGGCCCGUCUUGAUUGAGAAGCCUGUUGUAGAUGGUUGGGAUACGAAGCGGACUAAGCAGACGAAGGUCGCGCAGGAUUUGUCUGAUGUGGAGCUGAGUAGCGUCUCUGGUGGUAGUGGCACGGGCGUGGGUGGUGGGUUGGGUACUCCUACUUCGUCUGGCGCACCGGAGACCGUGAAUACUACCAUCACGGGCACUGGGAACGCAUCAGUGCCUUCUCAAGGAUCAAACACUACGAACACUAUUACGAGUAGUGGCAACGCGGCAGUGUCUCUUCAGCAAUCUCCCGUUUAG